UCCAAGUUCUUCAUUUCAGAUUCAUUUUAACUUCAGACUACCUCCAGUAGAAAUGUCAGAGGACAAAAUAGCCCAGAGCUGGGACUACAAACAUUUCAGGCUCCAGAGUUUCUUUUCCAAGUGGACCAUCGGCAGCUUCAGAUUUUCUAUGGAGAAAAUGCCAGACAGCAUUAGAAGCCCAACUUUCUCAACAGGGGAUAAUGACAAGUGGUGUUUGAGACUACACCCAAAUGGGGUAGAUGAAGAAAGCAGAGAUUACCUGUCAGUUAACCUAGAGUUGCUCAACUGCUCAAAGAGUCCCCCUUGGGCACAGUUCCAGUGUUGGAUCAUUAACAUCCAAGGGGAAAAAACUGAAACUACAACAAGGUCAAAAGCCUUUACCUUCCUGCCAGGCUAUGAAAGAGGUUUCAAAAGGUUCAUCCUUUGAGAUUUCCUCUUGGCACAUGUACAUCAGCUUCUCCCUGAAGACAAGCUAACCCUCCACUGCAUGGAAUCAUGUUCCAAGACUUAUAUCAGCAUCUCCGACCUGAGCAUGAAGCCAGGGAUCCAGGUUCCAAUGUGCAGGAUGGCAGAUGAACUAGGAAAGCUGUGGGAGAAUUCCCUCUUCCCAGACUGCUGCCUGGUGGUAGCUGGCCAGGAAUUCCGGGCUCACAAGGCCAUCUUAGCAGCUUGCUCUCCAGUUUUCAGAGCCAUGUUUGAACAUGACAUGGAGAAGAGCAGAACAAACCGCAUUGAGAUCCAUGAUCUGGAGCCUCAAGUCUUCAAGGCAAUGAUGGGCUUCAUUUACACCGGGAAGGCACCAGACCUCUACGCCAAGGCAGAUGCUGUGCUGGCAGCUGCUGACAGGUAUGGCAUGGAGCGCUUGAAAGUCAUGAGCCAGAGAGCCUUUGGCAGGGACCUCUCUGUGGAGAAUGCUGCCCACACUCUCUUCCUGGCUGUCCUCCAUAGUGCAGAGCAGCUGAAAACCCAGGCACUGGAUUUCAUUACAGCUCAUGCUUCUGAGGUCUCUCAGACCUCAAGCUGGAAGACAAUGGUGGCCUCAUAUCCCCACUUGGUGACUGAAGCAUACAGCUCCCUGGCUUCUGCUCACCACUCUUUACUGGAGGGCCCUUUCAAAGACCUG